GUUGCGCGUGCACUGUGUAAGGGUGGGUUUCUAAGUGCUGCUUAUAAACACGUCUCACCUGCAGCUUUGUGAGCGCGUGAAGAGAAAGAAAACUAGAUUUUUAUAAAAGAAAGAAAGAGUUGACUUGUUAAGUGGUUUAUUAGUGUCAUUAAUGUCGUUCUUGAUGAUUCGGGAUGACUUCCACUGAGACGAGGAAGAAAACACUCAGAUCGACAGGCACCAGGUCUCAGAGACUCACUCCUAAAGUCCACAUUAUUACAAAGGAAUCUGCACAAAACAGCCCGGAUUUAACUGAGGCUAGGAGGCAUCCUGACCUUCCCCGUGUAAUAAACCUGCUUCAGGAUCCUAUAUCAUGCUCCCUGAAAGACCGACACAUCUCCGCCUUGAAGCGAGUGACGAAGAGAUGCCAAAAUGGCUAUUUUCUCAGAGAUCUCUUGGACAUCUUUCAGAUUUUAAACAUCUGCGCAGAAAAAUCCGAAGAACAUCCCGAUUAUGCGUCUAUGCUGCGUGACCUUGUAUACAUAUGCAGGCUUCCCUUCUUAAAGGAGAAGGUGUCUGAUGAGAUGAACUACGCCAGAGUUGUGACGGACUCGCUCUCUCAGAUGGGUUGUCUGAUGCGGGUGUCAAAUGCUGCAGUCCAAGAGCAAAUCUGUGCUUCCAUCAUAUCACUCUACAGCUCUGACAACGCAAAACACUAUGGAAAUGGUGUGUGUGGCACGAGCCUGGUGUACAGACGUGAGCUGGUAGAGCGCAGCGGUCUGGCAGAAACUCUGCUCAUGUCAUUGGCUCUUCUGGAGAAGCAGCUGGCAGUCCAACUGCAUGUCCUACAGGCACUCCAGAUCCUCUCCAGAUCUUCUGCAGUGAACUGUAGCUUGAUCCUGAGAGCAGAAGGAGCCCAGAAGAUCUGCUUCCACAUGAACGAACCGGAUCCAUCUGGACAAAUGCUUUUCCGCUCCACGGAGAUCCUCUGGAACCUUUUAGACAACGGUUCCAGAGAGGAAGUCACCAAGCAGCUCAGCAACAUGGACUGCAUCAUGGUCCUGAAAGAGGCUUUUUCGCAUCAUCUUCUCAACGGCCUCCGACAUUACGACCAGCAGCUUCGCAACGACCUUCUGGUAAUUACGACCUUGACUGCAGAAAACCCCAGCGCCCCGCUAAUUGAAAGCGGGUUUGCUAAGCAGCUCGUCCACUUUGCGACUGUUCCCGAGUUGAAGAGCCAUAACCCGCUGAUCCGAAAUUUCAAGCUGACCUUCACUAACGAGGACUUUGAGAUGAAGAAGCUGCUGCUGAACCUGAUUGUUGUUCUGUCCAGAGAUCUGGCAGCUGUACAGCUGUUUAAAGAGUGUCGAGUGAUGCUGGCGUUGAUGCUGCUCGUUCGGCCCGGUUCGUCCGAGAGCAGACGCAGCGGGAAACCCCGGCGGAAUUGGACAAGCGUCCAGCAGGAGGAGCUUCAGCUGCAGGCUUUGGCCUCUCUGGCCACGGUGGCGCCGCUCAUGCAGGACGAGUACAUGGCCUGUCAGGCUAACACCUGUCUGCUCGUGCUUCUGGACUGGUGCACACAACAAGGAACCGACUCCGUCUUAGGCCAAAGUCAGGGCUUCCAUUGCAUCGGAGGUCGAAGUGGAAGGAAAGCUCAGAUGCGCUACUGUCUGCGUCUGCUUCGCUGCAUGGCCUCGCUUAGCAACAGCCUCAUCAACCAGGACCUCUGUGACCAGGGAGCCAUCAGUCAGCUCAUUGGGUUACUGAGGCUAUUCCAGGAGAGGAACGAGGAAGAGGAUGCCGUGUCUCUGGAGAUCCAGACCGAUCUGUUGGUCACUCUGUCCAGCCUCUGUGAAGGAGACGUGCACAGGAAGGAUUUGUUUGGAGCAGAGGGCGUAGAGAUGGUGGUCCGUUAUCUGAAAACAGACCCGGUUCUGUUGAACAGCGGCCUGGGACACAACAGACUCGUUGUCUCCGCUGUGGACUGUGUGUGGUCUUGCGUUGUCGGUUGUUACACCACAGAGGAUUUGUUUUUGGAGAAGGAAGGAGCAUUUCUCUUACUUGACUUCAUCCAGUCGAGUCCCAAGAGCAUGAAUAGCGUAUGGCUGGCGACGCUGCUUGAGCUGUGCGACAACCCCAAAACUCUGCCUCACAUCGAGGCCUGGAGGGGCAAGAAAGGGCUCACUGCUCAGGCCAUGCUGCUGCAGCUUUGGAGGAAGGAAGAGGCGGAGAUCGGAGUCAAGAGAGACCAGCAUGGCCGAAUCGCUGAUGAGACGAAGCCUCUUCUCACCGUGCAUCAGGAACAGGAGCCGCUGGAGUCCGUACCUGAAAACACACCAAGCCGUGCUGUUAUGGAUAUCUCGGAAAACUUGCGUGCCAAAAUCUAUGCUUUGUUCUGCAGACUAGGGUUUGAGGAUCCGCCAGGUCUGACUACUGAAGACUCCAUCACCUUGAGCAUAGUGAGCAGUUACCUGGACUUUAAGGUAGCCGAGGUGUGGAGCGAAGUCAAGGCUGAGCUGGAGCUGGAAGGUGUGAGACUCGUCAGUCCAGACGCAGAGGCUCUCAGCUCCAUCGUCCAGAAGAGCGUAGAAAAAGCCAAACACGUCUUCUUGCUGCAGCAGAGCAUUAUAGACCAGAAAGAGCAGGAAGACCUUCAGCAGGAGAAACAUGCAUAUGAAGAGAUCAGCUUAAACCACAAGCAGCGAGAGCUUAUGGCUAAAUCCUGGGACAAUCACGUUGCUAAGACGUCCAACUACAAGAUUUUGAAGGAGGCAAAGCUGCUGCAGCAAAGAUCUAUUGAGUCAUCACGUCCGAAAGAGAAAGCAGAGGGUUUUAUUUUCCACUCCACGCAGAUCCCCGGCCUGCAGACAACUAAUUUCUGUGGCCGUGUGUUGGCGAUCGACAGCACCCCUACAGAGCUGACUGGUGGACCCCUGGCAAACACAGACCUCGCCUUGGAGAGGGUCCCUAUUCAGGGCGGAGCCCUCAGGAAAGCGUCCUCUUCCAACUCGGACCUGGAGCUUCCAAACACCAUCACUGUCAAAUGACUGGAAGUCAAACUCAAGCUCAAGACUGCAAUUCUGCAUUUCUGUUGCUUUCUCUCACUCUCUCUCUUGCUCUCUCUCUCUCUCUCUCUCUCUCUCUCUCUCUCUCACACACACACACACACACACACACAAUGUAACAGCUCUGUGGCCUUCAGCAGCUGGAGUUCAGCUUAGAUGAACUCUGCUGUCACUUUCACUCAGAUAUUAAAACCGUUAAUAUAAUUAGUUGUACUGAGAUGAUGUAAAGUAAAUCAGUGUGUCACUGUUGUUGAACACGAUGUUACACUGAAUACUAUUUUUGGGAUUAUAUCACAGAGGUUGACAGAUUAAAGGAAAAAAAACCCAGGAAAAUAAAAAUGUAUUGAAUAGUA